ACCUAGAACACAAAUGCUCAUGCCAGACAAAACGCACUAAUCAGAAUCUGUAGUCUGCGAGUCAGUAAAAAGACAGGUAAUUAGUCCAGCUUUAACUCGGAGCCAGGGUGAACGGGCGGUUGCUGUGAGGCCCGUCUGGACCCCCUUCCUGGCCCGCGCCGCCCGCCUCCUCCUCCCGCGUCCAGGGAACUGAAUCGGGCCUCCUUAAGCCGAGGCGGGGCGGCUCAGGCCGCUCCACGCUCCGCCCCGGGGCUGCCGUCUCCUUAGAAGGCGAAGCCCCGGCCUCGCCCCAGCCGGCGGGACCUCGCCGCGCGCCCCGCACGCCCGCGGAACCAGAGCCUGCGAGCCCGGGAAGCCGCGGACCCCGGCUGGGCGUGGACUGGGCCCGGGGCGGGGUAGGGAGCGCGGAGCCCAGGCCGGACCGCGCACCCCGGCCAUGCGUUGGGAGAGGUGCCGCGCCCCCCGCCCGCGUGCUCGCCAUGGAGGUCCUGCGCCGCUCCUCGGUCCUCGCCGCCGAGAUCUUGGACGCCUUUGACCGCUCGCCCACCGAUAAGGAGCUGGUGGCCCAGGCCAAGGCGCUGGGCCGGGAGUUCGUGCACGCGCGGCUCCUGCGCGCCGGCCUGGCCUGGAGCGCGCCUGAGCGCGCCGCGGUGCCCGGGGGCCGCCUGGCGGAGGUGUGCGCUGUGCUGCUGCGCCUGGGGGACGAGCUGGAGCAGAUCCGGCCCAGCGUGUACCGCAACGUGGCCCGCCAGCUGCACAUCUCCCUGCAGUCCGAGCCCGUGGUGACCGACGCCUUCCUGGCUGUGGCAGGCCACAUCUUCUCAGCAGGCAUCACAUGGGGCAAGGUGGUGUCCCUGUAUGCAGUGGCCGCGGGUCUGGCUGUGGACUGUGUGCGGCAGGCCCAGCCUGCCAUGGUUCACGCCCUAGUCGACUGCCUGGGGGAGUUUGUACGCAAGACCCUGGCCACCUGGCUGCGGCGGCGCGGUGGAUGGACCGAUGUCCUCAAGUGCGUGGUCAGCACCGACCCUGGCCUCUGCUCCCACUGGCUUGUGGCUGCGCUGUGCAGCUUCGGGCACUUCCUGAAGGCUGCCUUCUUCGUGCUUUUGCCAGAGAGAUGAGCGCCUGCCUGGCACCCUGCGCCCGACCUGGGAGUCCUGCAGCACCUGGACAGCCUGUGCCCCUCCUGAGUCCUGUGCUGCUGCAGCCCCUGCCCUCCUUUCAGAGCCUCUGCCCGAGAGCUGGGGGCAGCCCUGGGCCCCUCCUGAGUCCUGUGCCGCUGCAGCCCCUGCCCUCCUUUCAGAGCCUCUGCCCGAGAGCUGGGGGCAGCCCUGGGCCCCUCCUGAGUCCUGUGCCGCUGCAGUCCCUGCCCUCCUUUCAGAGCCUCUGCCCGAGAGCCGGGGGCAGCCCUGGGCCCUGCCUGAGAAAGGGCCACAGCAGGACAUGAGUUGGCCUCGGUCCUCACAGGCAGGAGCCCCACACUCCGGUCUGAGGCUUCCUUGUGGCCCACUGUGGACAGUGCAUCCGGCGUGACAGGGUCCCGGUGUGGGGCUGCAUCCAGCAUACCUGAUGGCCCAGCACAAGAUGCCAUGGAUGAGGAUGGUCUGCAGGAGCUGAGCCCAGAGGCUCUGUGCCCCGGAGGGCGAGUGUGACCCAUCGGUCCCUUGUGCUGCCCUCAGGACCUUGAGCACUCAGACGCUGGGGAGCCUGGCCCCUUACGGUCGCCAGAAGUCUGACUGUCCCCAGCCUCUCCUUGAUGUCUGAAAUGCCUUGAGCAGGGCCCAUGUGAGGCCUGGUCUGCAGCCCCCGCCAGCCUGUUGAGCCCAAGCGACGUACGCUGAGGAGGGCCUGUGGCCAGAGGUGCAGUGACCACUGCCCUUCCUCCAGCCCCGUGCCCCUGCAGGUGCCCCGUCCCCCGCCAGGCUGUGCGCAGCCCGGGUCAGUGAUGCUCAGGCCCCUGGAGGGAUGCUGGGAAUAAACUUGACUGUCGUUCUCAUGUCA